AUGAUGAAGUUCAUACUUGUUUUUAUUAUUAUCAUUUGCAUAAAGGACGCACAACCGAAUUUGAUAAAUCAAGUAAUCGACAAGAUUCAAAAGGAAUUGGAUAUUUAUACCUUGUUACUGUUUGUUAAUCAAGAAACCUUCGAUGUCUUGGAAAGUCCAAAUCUACCACAAUUGGUAAUAGGCGGCAAUGAAACUGCCAAGGAUUUAAGAAGAUCUCAAGGACAACGAGUUUUAAGUUUUAUUCGCUUGGAUGUAUUCGGCCUCGAAGAUUUGAAUGAAUUUAUAAAACCUUCGUUGUUUAAUCUCCAUUUGGCUGAUGUCUUGUUUUACACGAAUUCAACGGAAUUGGAAGAAGACGAAUGGCAUUGGUUGUUUCAGUGGUGUUGGACGGAAGGAUUCUGGCGUGUCCUGUUAAUGAAUGCAGCUGAAAUGUAUCUCACCAUGGAUUCAAUACCAGAAAUGAAUAUUAAAAGUGUCAAUUUGAAUGAUUACAUUGUCAUGAGGAAAAAUCGCGUUGUAAAUCUGCAGGGUUAUCCCGUAAAGGUUGCAGUAGGCAGCAAACCACCUCGUGUUAACGCCUUUUUCGACGAAGAAGGUAAUCUACAACUGGGUGGAUAUUAUGGUCACAUUGUCAGUAUGUUUAUCUCUCGGUUCAAUGCCACCAUGGAUUACGUCAUUAUGCCCAACAUGUCGUCAUACUCGAUACUAAGUUGUAUAGAGUCGAUUUUGGAACAAACCUCGGAUAUUUGUAGUGAUGCCAUACUUUUUGGCAAUGGCAUCGAGACCACCCGACCUUUGCAUGUGGUGUCCAGUCAUUUGGUGGUACCGUUCGAUAAACCUCUGGAAAAUUACAAUUAUUUUCGCAAACCAUUCACCAUCGAUGUGUGGAUUUGCAUUGCAAUUAGUUUUAUUUCGACCAUUGUUUUGCUGAUUCUGAUCGAGUACAAGGAAUAUGGUCAGUUGCGGUUGGUCAAUAGUAUUUUCACCACAUUCUCUAGUCUAAUAUGUGCAUCAUUCAGUGUGGAACAUCUGCCACCCAUAUAUCACUAUGGUGUUGAGACAAUUUUGAUAUUCAGUGGUUUCAUGAUCUCAAAUUAUUAUUUGGCGGUGUUAUCAGCCCUCUUGCUCACCAAAAUCUACGAAAGAGAAAUUGAGAGUAUCCAAGAUGUGCUGGACCACAACCUCACCAUUGUGACCACCGAAUUCCAGCAAUAUGUUUUGGAGGUAACCAAAGCACCGGACCGAAUAAGGCAACAAACUGUUGUUUUCACCGAAGAGGAAGCUGUGAGGAAUAUGCAGCUACUAAAUACGGACUAUGUAUAUUUUGGCAUUAACGCUGAAACUGAUUUCUUCUUGUACCAGCAAAAGUAUUUAUCACGUCCUCGCAUGAAGAAAUUGGAGGACGAGGCCGUGACAACUGAUAUUGGAGAAAUUCCAAUGAGGGCAUAUUGGCCGUUGCAGGAUCUUCUAAUGUCUCAUAUGGAAAAUAUUUUUGCCAGUGGAAUUACAAUGUACCUGGAGACGGAAACCUUUGAGGAGGGCAUACGACAAGGGGAUAUAUCAUUUAUACCCAACAGGGAUUUAUAUGUGGAGCCAUUGUCGUUGGAAUAUUUUGUGUUGUGUGGUUUACUCUUGGCUGGUGGAUACUCAAUCUCAUUUUUGUGUUUUAUUAUUGAAAUUGUUGUCAAUAAAUAUCGUGGACGAAAAUAA